AUCACAUCCAUUUCAUAUAAACCAUGAAACUACGUUCACCGGACGAAAACGGAUGAAUUUGUUUGGAAAAUCAUCGGACCAUUUUAUUUUCUCCCCAAUUCAAUUGGAUUUUAUUUUCUCUCCAAUUCAAUUCGAUUUUGUUGCUAACCGACACAAAAUUUUGAGCAAUGAAAAUCACGUUCUGAUGAUGACAUUUGCUCUCUGAUUUCCGUUUUUUCUCUGCAUUUCUUCCACACAAUUUCGUUGAAAUCGGUUUUCGAUAGUUCUUCGAAAAUUUUCGUUUAUGGAUGGAUUUCUUGCCUUUUGUAUGCGCAAUGAUUUGCAGAUUUUCAUUUAAAUGCAUUGAACUAUCGUCAGCGUCGCGCCUCCUCCGUUUCUAAUCUCUUGUAUGAGAAGAAGCCAGGGCAGAAUCAUGUUAAUCUAGGCUGUUCAUUUCAUUCGUCAAUUUGUCAAACCUAUCAAUGGGGUCCAGUGGAUGAGCUAAGAGCAUGGCUGUUUUCAGAUUGCUCCAUUAUUUCAUGAUUUGUGUGCACGUUAUUUGAGGCUGAAGAUGUCAACCCAGCACCAGAAUGCGGAUUCUAAUGCCGUUUCAGGCGCUUCUCUCUUUGAUCUCCUGUUUCCAGAUUCAGAAAUGCCAGGCUGGGACUGCAGUCGAACGCUGUCUGAUGCAGAAACACAAAGCUGGAACUGGAAGAAUGAUCAACAGCUCUCUGGACCCCAGAAAAGAUUGGAAGAUCUCUUGUGUCAGCCUGGUAACAACUUGUGUGCAGAUUGCGGAUCACCGGAUCCAAAAUGGGUAUCGUUAAAUUUGGGAGUGUUUAUCUGUAUAAAGUGUUCUGGAGUACACAGAAGUCUAGGAGUUCAUAUCUCUAAGGUUUUCUCAGUGAAACUAGAUAAUUGGACAGACGAACAAGUCGAUACUUUGAUGAGCAUCGGUGGAAACACAGAUGUAAACAUGAAGUAUGAAGCUUGCAUCACCGAUGGGCACAUAAAACCGAAACCAGAUUCCUGUAUAGAGGAGCGCCACGACUUUAUAAGGAGAAAGUAUGAACUGCUGCAAUUUUAUAACGCCAGCAGUCAAAAUUCUAGUGAUAACAACUUAUUGAAUAAAAGCAGUUCAUCAUGCUCCCUAAGUAACACCCCAAGCAACAAUGGUACCAACGACAAAAGGCCAUAUGAGAAACAACCUACUAGGUAUCGCAUUGGGCAUGUAUUUCGUACCAGCCGGAUAAUUAGAAGAGAUAGUGAGCAGAAAACUUUAGACAAGAGAGGCCCUUCAGUCUCCAGACAAACAUCGGCAGGUAUGGUUGAAUUUGUUGGCUUGGUCAAGGUUAAUGUGGUUAGAGGCACAAACCUAGCUGUCCGAGACGUGGUGACCAGCGACCCCUAUGUAAUUCUCAUGUUGGGUCAACAAUCAGUGAAGACUCGUGUUAUUAAGAGCAACCUUAACCCAGUUUGGAACGAGAGAUUAAUGUUGUCAAUUCCCGAGAAUAUCCCUCCAUUAAAAGUGCUCGUCUAUGAUAAGGACACAUUUUCAACUGAUGACUUCAUGGGUGAGGCUGAAAUCGACAUUCAACCAUUGGUCGCUGCGACCAAGGCGUAUGAGAAGUCCACAAUUGAUGAAUCAAUGCAGCUGGGAAAAUGGAUGGCGAGUACCGACAAUACCUUGGUAAAAGAUGGGGUCAUUAACCUUGUAGAUGGAAAGGUCAGACAGGAUAUUUCUCUAAGAUUGCAGAAUGUGGAGAAAGGUGUCCUUGAGAUUGAGCUAGAAUGCAUUCCUCUCACACAAUAGAUGGCUGCUGAUCCAAAAGCACAAGAUUUGGAAAUUACUUUGUUCGCUAUGAUGGAAGAACCUUCAAUCCAAUCCCAAUCAAAUGAGUUUAGCAAAAACAACCUGUUGUAUAUAAUUGAUAUGUAAUGUGUAAAUAAAAAAGAGUGGUGGAAUAUAUAUGCUUAGAUUAAUCUACCCUUGUUUGUUUCCGCUGUGUU